AUGCAGAUCAAAAGUAGCAGGAAAGUUCAAAUGCCAUCAAGAGAGACGGGCGAUGGCGUGGUUGGGCUUGAAGAAGACUUACUGAAGAUAAAGAGCCGGCUAUGUGAAGGAUCAUCCCAACUCGGAAUCAUCCCCAUUGUUGGGAUGGGAGGCAUUGGGAAGACCACUCUUGCGAGGUAUGCCUAUGACGACCCUUUAAGUGUUCAACACUUUGACAUUCGUGCUUGGCUCACAAUAUCGCAAAGUUCUAACAUAAAGACAAUUCUUCGCACGGUUCUGCGUUCCAUUAAGGACGUGUUCAACGUUCAUGUUCCGUUUUGGGUCCAUAAUGAUGAGUUAUUGAAAGGGAGGAGAUAUCUAAUCGUGAUGGAUGAUUUGUGGGAUACAAAUGUGUGGGAUGAGUUACAAAGGAUGUUUCUAAAUGAUCUUAAUGGGAGUCGAAUUAUCAUAACUACAAGGGAGUUAAGGGUAGCUUCUUACAUGAACAUCGAGUAUCAUAGCCAUCCUCACCACAUGCAUUUGAUGAAUGUAGAACAAAGCUGGAUGUUACUUAAAGAGCAGAGUGUUUGGAUGUGA